UAUCCAUAUAAAUAAAUCAAAUGAAAUAAAAUCAAAAAAAGGAAAGAAAGAGAGAAAGAAUCAAGAGGAAUUUGAUGGGGGCAUUGACGGUAUCAGUGAUAGCAAUAGCGGGGUUGGCAUUGGGCUGGAUCACAAUCGAGAUCGCUUGCAAGCCAUGCCUUGAUAGAGGCCGUGAAGCCAUCGAUCGUAAUCUCAAUCCUGAUUACGAUCCCGACGAUGACGACGAUCCUCGCUUGCCUCUAAAUCCAAACCCUACUCCCUCUGAUGAUUCCACUUCCACUGUUUCCAAAAUCGUCUGAUUUUCUUCCCAUUUCUUUCAUCUUUUUUUUUUUUUUCUUUUUCUUAAUAAUUUAGUGAAAUUAUUGUUGUUUGGUAUGUUGAGAUUCGAUGAUGUUUUCAUGUUUGUUGUUUAAUGCUUUUAAUUAAUCAAUUUUGUUAUGUUUUGAGA